GAGGAGGUCAAGUCCUUCAAUACCAAAUAUCGGCUGGUGAGCGGAAACACCGAUCUGGAGGAGCUAUACGUCCAGUUCGUCGACAUCUUGGCUACCAAAGCGUCCGAGUUUCAGGAAAGGGACAGCGGCUGGGCGUUGGAGGAACUUCUCCAUUUAGAAAUAGGGAUUAACAAGUACAAUCCCCUAAGGGCGUCGUCCUAUGUUAGCCUGCCCAAGGAAAUCGAAGCCAAAAAAGCUGUUUUGAACUUGCAAAAUACGGACGAAAAAUGCUUUAUGUGGUCGAUCUUGGCUGCUCUUCACCCAAUUCACUGGACAAAUAACGCUAACAGGGUCAGUAACUAUGUAGAAUUUCAGAACGAGCUGGAUUUUACAGGUAUCGAUUUUCCCGUUAAACUUAAGGACAUAUCCACUUUUGAACGACUUAAUGAAAUUUCGGUCAAUGUCUAUGGCCUCGAGAGAGUCUAUAACAAAGUCCGUAAUGAUGUUGAGGUCGUUGGUCCUUUGCAUUUUACUGAAUCUCGUAAAGAGAGACAUGUAAACCUAUUAUUAAUUAGUAAUGACUAUGGAGAAAAUCAUUAUUGUUUAAUAAGAAGUAUGUCUCGGUUGGUUUCAAAACAAUUAACUAAAAGGUCCUCUACAAAGUUUUUAUGCGAUGGGUGUUUGGUUUAUUUUUAUAACGAAGAAAAACUAAAGCGUCAUAAAGAACACGACUGCACUCACAUUUCCAUCAAACUUCCGACCACCGAAUUGCGCAAGGAUAAAUACGGUAAAGAUGUUCCCGCGAAUAAGCUGAAAUUUGAAGAAUUUGAAAAGAAAUUAAAAGUUCCUUUUGUUGUGUACGCGGACUUUGAAACAGUCAUGACUCCUUUACAGGUGGAAGGCGAACCGAAUCCCGACAAAUCGUUUACCGUCAAAACUCAUAUUCACGAGCCUUACUCUUUCGCCUACUUUGUCAAAUUAUUUCUGGGCUGCGCUGUUAAUUAA